AUCUGCACAACUACAAAUGGCGGGAGAUUGAUCUCGUCCGUGUUGUUGAGAAAUGAGCCCUUGCAAGAAUAGAAUAGAAGCAUUUUAUUAGGUACUUUAUGCAUUGAUAUACAAAAAAGUUAAAAACCCAAAAUGUACACUCAACGUCUCAAAAACGGGUCAGUGGGUCGUCUUAGGGACGUCCUCACAAAAUAAGCGCAACAUUCAAAUUGUGCGCCCAUUUCAAAUAGUCUCGCCUCGUUCGCGUACGUAAGCAGUCGAUAAAAAUGCCGAAGUGUUCUCUUAAAAAUUGUAAAAAUAUCACGUCGAGAAGAUUGAAAAAGGAUGGGAUAUCGUAUUUUCGUUUUCCUCGUGAUCCAAUACGAUGUGGUGAAUGGACAUCAAUCGUCAGUCAACAAAGGCGAGAAGAUUUUUUUAAGCCCAAUAAUUCAAGCGUCGUUUGUUCCGAGCAUUUUUUAGAGGAAGAUAUGUAUGUCUCUUCAAAGGGCAUAAAACGUAUUCGUAAAACAGCUGUUCCUCAUGUAGCGGAUAUAACUCCACAGGACCUCAAGGAUAUUGAAAAUCUGGAUGACGGCCGUGAUACUGGAAAGAAAUGCAAAUCUCCUACCACUUCUUUAAGCUCGGGGUCAGUUUUGGAUACACCUCGAAAACUUCGUAUGAAAUGCAAACUUCCCAGUUGCAGCAAAAGGUUUACUAUCAAGGACAAGCUUAUUAACAACUUAAGGAAAAGGAAUUCGAGACUUGUUAAAAAGAUUAUUUCACUAAAGAAUGCGUUAAAAGUUUUAAAGAAACGAUUAGAUAGGUAUAAUUAUACUUAUGCUAUAGUUACUAAUUAUACUUAUUAAGUUCAUAACAGGAUUUUUUAUAUUUGCUGUGUACACGUGCUGUAUUUAUGUUUUAAAAUGUUUAAUUGUCUUUAGCCUACAAAAUAAAUACCAUUAGUCAUUACUUUAAAUA